GCAGAAAUCUUCCUCCCAUUGUAUAUACUUCAACGUUUGGAUCUUCCGUUCAGAGUCAUUUGCCGCGACGAGGCGAGAAGAUUUGUUUGUGAUUUCUAUUCGCGUUUUACCCUGAUUCUUUUUGCAAUUAUCGAGGCGUGGGACCACCAGUGACUGCAAUGCUGCCGUUUCUGUCUACAUCGAAGGUCGGCAAGUCCUUGAUUUCGCGUAGACGUGGCAUCAGACAUGCGAUCAAAUACGCAAGUUUUAAUGCCGAGCCGUGGGAAUAUCAAAACGUUCGACAUGUGAAGUGUAUUGCCGGUGUUGAGACCUCGUCGAUUCAUAGACUGUUUGAUAAGGGUCAAAAGAUUUUUCCCGGGAGCUUCCAUGAUAUUAGUGCUAUACAAAGGAGGCGAUUCAUUGGCUGUGGAGAUGGGGAGGAGGGCGGCGUUCUAUCCAAACAGGAUCAUAAGAUUUCUUCUGGGAACCUUCGUGAUAUUACUGCUGGACAAACGAGGCGAUUUAUUGGCUGUGGAGAUGGGCAAGAGGGCGGCGUUCUAUCCAAAAUUUACGAGGAGAGACGCGUAAUGGGGUAUUCUCCGGAGCAGUUAUUUGACGUAGUUGCAGCUGUUGACUCGUACCAAGAUUUUGUUCCGUGGUGCCAGCGGUCAGAGGUAAUCAAAACCUAUCCUGAUGGAUCAUUUGAUGCUGAAUUGGAGAUUGGCUUCAAAUUUCUUGUUGAGAGUUACACUUCACAUGUAGAGAUUCAAAGACCGAAGUCUGUAAAGACAACAGUAUCUCAGAGCACGCUGUUUGAUCACUUGAUAAAUAUUUGGGAGUUCCAACCGGGACCAGUUCCAGGGACUUGCAACCUCUACUUUUUAGUAGAUUUUAAGUUCCAGUCACCCCUGUAUCGACAGGUGGCCUCGGUGUUCUUUAAGGAGGUUGUCUCAAAACUGGUUGGUUCAUUCAAUGAUCGCUGCCGAUUGAUUUAUGGACCAGGGGUUGCAGUCCUUGAAAAUUCAUACGGCCAAAGAGCUUAAAUUCGUUGAAUUUUUCAUUAGAUCUAUCAUUUAGCUGAGAAGAUUUAACAAGGAUUAAGUUAGCAGGUUGGAAUCCUGACAGAGAGCAGAUACGGAAUUAGGGGAAGGGGUAUCAAUAAAUUUGAUUGAUUAAUGGCAUUACUUGUGGGUAGCUUGCAGCCAGCUUUCUUAUUUUGCUGUCCACCCAUCAAAGGACAUCUUAACCAUUUUGAAGCAUUUACGUUCCUUUUCUUUUUUGUUCUUGUGCAUGCUCACGUUUUUUGGUUUAAUACUUAGGAGUAUGAAUCGACACAUUUAUGGGUGUUGUUUCUUGUUAGAACAGGUCACAUGCUGGUAGGGAAAAUAUUAUUUCAAGUUUUAGGAUAUGUUUCAGGUUUCAUCCGUACAUAUGAAUCAAUUUUCAAACCAUUGGAGUUUGUAUGAUGCCCAUAUUGGUUAA